GAGAACAAGAUCACCAUCACCAAUGACAAGGGCCGCUUGAGCAAGGAAGAUAUUGAGCGCAUGGUCCAAGGAGCUGAGAAGUACAAAGCUGAGGAUGAGAAGCAGAGAGAUAAGGUUUCCUCCAAGAAUUCACUGGAGUCCUAUGCCUUCGACAUGAAAGCAACUGUGCAAGAUGAGAAACGUCAAGGCAAGAUCAAUGAUGAGGACAAGCAGAAGAUUCUUGACAAGUGCAAUGAAAUCAUCAGCUGGCUGGAUAAGAGCCAGACUGCAGAGAAGGAAGAAUUUGAGCAUCAGCAGAAAGAACUGGAGAAAGUCUGCAACCCCAUCAUUACCAAGCUGUACCAGAGUGCUGGUGGCAUGCCUGGAGGAAUGCAUGGUGGCUUCCCAGGUGGAGGAGCUCCCCCAUCUGGUGGUGCUUCUUCAGGCCCCACCAUUGAAGAGGUGGAUUAAGUCAGUCCAAGAAGAGGGUGUAGCUUUGUUCCACAGGGACCC